UUAUGGUUGAUGUCAUACUGUGACUAGACCCAGAGCUGUCAAAACUGGCAGGUGCCCGUUCACGGACUGUAAGUGACUACCUUUCGUUCUCAAAGGACAACGAUUGAAACUUUAAUUUUCGGAUUCAAGGUAAACUGCACAUAUGAGCCAAUGAAACACGUUUUUACAAACUUAACUGACUUGCUGGACGGCCGCCAAGAUUCGAAAGAUUCAAGCUGUCAAACUCAGCUGGGUGACAAUGGAGGUGUAGGCAGGUGUUCAAGCAGAUAAGCGAAGAAAAUCUUGAUUUUUUUCAUGCUUGGAUGAAAAGUCUUCAUAUGCGGGGUUAGAUAAAAAGUAGUUGUUUGUGAAGCAAAGAACAAUGGUCGUCCAGAGAGAAAUCAAACCAAAAGACGAGAUGGUGUUUACGUCUGCCAAGUCACCUGCAGACGACAACAGCCCAUAUAUGGAUGAUUUUCCUUUAUUGCUAAAUCAUCUGAACAUUCAGACUCAGGUUUCGUCAGAAAAGCUUUCUGAGAUAUACAUGAAGCUUCAAGAAACAAUGAAAACAUUGCAAGUGGAUCCUCCAGCCUUGAAAAGAAGUGGUAUGGAUCUGAGAUUGAGAGCUGUCACUAUUAUUCAAUGUCUCCAUCUGUUCUUUGGUGGGACUAGCGAUGUGUUUGCAACAUCCAUUAGCGUCUUGGACUCUUUCAUGUCUCUCGUCCGAGUUCAAGAGAAGUACCUGUCAUGUGUUGCAGCCGCUUGUUUUUUCAUUUCAUCCAAAGUGCAUUUAGAAGAAGAGGAAAUUCCAAGUGGCAGUGAACUUGCUUAUUUACAUGGCAACAAGUGGACAUCGUCGGAUCUCUGCAGGAUGGAGGUUGUCAUUCUACAAAAACUCAAAUGGGAUAUUCCAAAAACCAACUACCUCACAUUCCUUAGACUGUUUGAAAAACUGUUUGCUCAAUUGCAUCAUACAUCUCUCUGUCUUGACAAUCUCAUCCAUAUGGCUGAAAGCUUCACCAAGCUAGAUGACAGUACAGUAUUCAAGCCACCAACACUUGCCUUUUGUAUACUUUGUCACAUACUGGAGAAGCAAGGCAAUAUCUCUAAUGAGACUAGACUCAUUUUGAUACAUCUACAGUUAAUAUGUGAUAUCCAAGACUCAGAGUUAUUUGAAUGCAAAGAUCUCCUUGGCCAAAGUUUGAAUGAGAGUGGGAUCCAAGCCAGUCAAUCAAGCCGUCAAUCUGUUUGCUUCCCAUUCAUGAAAAUACGAUCACGGCCAAGUUCAGAAGGAGAAAGUGAACUUCCACCCAUUACAGAAAUCAGUUCUUACUAGACUAUGCACAGAUUACAUCAUCAAAUCCAGAGCAAAGAAAAAAGUUAACUUGGAACACUUAUCUGUUCAUCAUUGUCAAUGUUGUGUUUGGAUACGAAUUAGAUCAAAUAUUACCCAGUGAUUAAUGUGGUAAAAUGUACAGUAGUCCAUGAGACCCUACAAAGUUGCAUUUCUAUUUCCCCACCUGCAUACUAAUGAUUCCCUCUGUACACAAGUACUUUACUCCUGGAAGCUACAGUUUGAUAAGAUAUUUAUGAUAUUAAGUUUACUUGACAUAUUCAGCGAUAGACACUAAGAGUAAUCCACAAUUUAUUUCAAACUAGUAGUAGUCUUUCACCCUCCCUUUUUUCUUUGGUCUUGCUGAAUGUGAGCAGUUUGGUUCAGGUACUCUUAAAAAAUGAAUCAAAUCUUUAUGACUACUUCAUGGUGAAUCUCAUUAUCAUUUACAUCAUCAUUCAUUGUAUAUUGAAUCAUUUCAUUGACUUGUCUGUGAUAAAAUUGGAAUACCAACCAUCAAGGUGUUCAAACAAAUUGAGCUAAAACACCUUAUAAAAACAUAUUCAACACACAAAUAUGAGAAGUUCAUAUAGUGUAACACAUUUUAGAUAUGAGCUCACUUUUGUGCUUUGUUUUACCCUGGUCCUUUAAGUGUAGACAUGUAAAAUGCAUUUUGUUUAAUGUUAUUUUAGGUGAGACACACAUUCCAGUGAA